AAAUCGAAUGCCUCAGGGCCGCCCUCUGCGCCCCUAGUGACUUUCCUAUUAAAGAUUUAAAUCGCGAUUUAUCAAUGCUGAUUGAUCAUAUCGAAAAUAUUGUCUAAUUGUUUUGAAACGCAGCUUCUUCGGAAACACUCUCAUUCCCAAGAUUGCCUCAUACCAACACGACCAACGGGUGAAGUAUAGGCGAACGAAGCAUUUCCUGAAGUAAGAGUAAUCUGAAACAGUGAAAUGAGUCUUGAAACAUAAACUUAGUAUUUCUGCACACGAAAUGCGCUCGCCAGUUGGGUAGAAUAGGAAUGAUUAUGGGAAUGGUCGCAUCGCAGUGGCGUGAACAUAACUGCACUAAGAGAGCUCAGCAUUGAAGUGGCAACACUGCUUCUCCCCACCUCGCUCAGUUGUUGUUGUUAGACACAUGAUCGCAUGUUAUUUACAUCAUGGAUAGACAAAUGAUAUUUUUUGAAGUUAUAUACUUUGAAGAAAAUCGUACAAAUGCAUAGUUAAAGAAGAUUUGUGUGUGAAAUAUUGCCAGUGAUAGAAAACAAAUAUUUAAUAGUAAUGGAUGAAGUUACAUUUUCAGAGGAAAAUAUAUUUAAAAUAGAUAAGGAUGGAGGCGAGCCCUGCUCUUUAAUAAGUGAAGUGAAGGAGGAAGAUGAUGAUGAAGGAGACGAGCCCUGCUCCUUAAUGUGUGAAGUGAAGGUGGAAGAUGAGGAAGGAGGUGAGCCCUGCCCCUUAUUGCAUGAAGAGAAGGAAGAAGACGAAGAGGAAGGAAGUGAGCCUUGCUUCUUAACAUGUCAAGUGAAGGAGGAAAUUGAGGAAGAAGGCGAGCCCUCCCCGUUAAUGUGUGAUGUGAAGGUGGAACAUGAUGAGGAAGGGGGCGAGCCCUGCUCCUUAAUAAGUGAAGUGAAGGAGGAAGAUGAAGAGGACCCAUUGGCUGUGUGUAAUGAUGGUGAAAGUUCGUGGUCUGUGGCUUCCCUUCAAACUCUGAAUUAUAUUGAUGGUCCUGCAGAGCCUUUAUCCAUUCUUAUAGAUUAUAAUUAUAUGAAUAUUAAUAGUAAUUAAUGUUUGGGUUGUGAGGUUAAUGAGGGGGUUGUGAUUAAUGUUUUGAAAUCAAAAGACACUCCUAGUUCUUCUGCCACAACUUCUGCUCAUGUAACUCAAGAGACUUUUGCUCCUGAAACAACAACAGAAGUAUAAUAUGGAAGAAAAUAAUUUAUUGCUGAUAUGAAUGAAAUAAUCAUGUUCUGAAAUAUUGUAACUGCCUGCAGUGCCAACAAUAAUAAAUGGAUUUGCCUUCAUUUUAUAGUGUUCUGUAUGCCCAUUUUAUAAAAUUAUUGUUGAAAGUUAUUGAUAAAUCUUAAGUUACUUACUUUAAUUUUGUGUUUUUGGGAAAACAAAUUCUGAAGAGGAGUUAUUGAAAAUGGCAAACAGUGAUCAUUGAACAAAAAUAAAAGAGCAUUUUCUAAAAAUGAAAAUAGAUCAGAUAAAGAAAAAAUCCUGCAUGAUAUGAUUUUACGAAACUGAAACAUUUAUAGCGUUAAAAAUAAUUCAAAAAAUAAUUUAUAUUUUUAUGUUUAUGUAUUAAUAAUUUUGAAAAAUGG